GAGAACUCGUACAGUAGCAGCGUCAGAUCCAGCGCGCGCCUCCCAGUCCGGAGUCCAUUUGCAUAAUUGGAUUUUUUUUUUUUUUUGCCUCCUUCUUCCUCCCUGAAACUUGUUUGAAAACCCAAGUGAAAGCCGCGACGACCUGCACACUCAAAAGCAAGUGCCAAUUCCUGACCACCACGGCUUUAAGAAUAUCCUUGACCCAGGAGGGAGCCUCAUUGCUUUAAGACUUGCCAGGGAUGGAAGAAGCGAGUCUGUGCCUUGGAGUGUCCUCGGCGGCACCUGAAGCUGAGCCUCACCUGAGUGGCCCUGUCCUCAACGGCCAGUAUGCCAUGAGUCAGAAGUUGCACCAGAUCACCUCCCAGCUCAGCCAUGCCUUCCCAGAGCUGCAUCCGCGGCCCAACCCCGAAGAGAAGACCCCUGCACCCCUAGAUGAGAAGUCACAUGUGCCCAUGAGUGGCCAGCCCAUGGGCAGUCAGAUGGCGCUUCUGGCCAACCAGCUGGGUCGCGAUGUUGACACCAGCCUCAACGGUCGGGUGGACCUGCAGCAGUUCCUCAAUGGGCAGAACCUGGGCAUCAUGUCCCAGAUGAGCGACAUCGAGGACGAUGCCCGCAAAAACCGGAAGUACCCAUGCCCUCUCUGUGGCAAACGCUUCCGUUUCAACAGCAUCCUCUCCCUGCACAUGCGCACCCACACAGGAGAGAAGCCCUUCAAGUGCCCCUACUGCGACCACCGGGCGGCGCAGAAGGGGAACCUCAAGAUUCACCUGCGGACCCACAAGCUGGGCAACCUGGGGAAGGGGCGCGGGCGGGUGCGCGAGGAGAACCGCCUGCUGCACGAGCUGGAGGAGAGGGCCAUCUUGCGGGACAAGCAGAUGAAGAGCAGCCUGCUGCAGCCGCGGGCCGACCUGAAGCCCCUGCAGCACGCACAGCAGACCCCGCUGGCGGCCUGCAACCUGGCCCUGCCUGCCAACCACAGCGUGCCCGAUGUGGCCAACCCCGUACCCUCACCCAAGCCCACCAGCGUCCAGGAGGACGCAGUGGCCCCUGCGGCUGGCUUCCGCUGCACCUUCUGCAAGGGCAAAUUCAAGAAGCGGGAGGAACUCGACCGUCACAUCCGCAUCCUGCACAAGCCCUACAAGUGCACGCUGUGCGACUUCGCGGCCUCCCAGGAGGAGGAGCUGAUCAGCCACGUGGAGAAGGCCCACAUUACCGCCGAGUCCGCUCAGGGUCAGGGCCCCAACGGUGGCGGGGAGCAAUCCGCCAACGAGUUCCGCUGCGAGGUGUGCGGCCAGGUGUUCAGCCAGGCUUGGUUCCUCAAGGGCCACAUGCGGAAGCACAAAGACUCCUUCGAGCACUGCUGUCAGAUCUGUGGCCGGCGCUUCAAAGAGCCGUGGUUCCUCAAGAACCACAUGAAGGUCCACCUCAACAAGCUGUCGGUGAAAAACAAGUCCCCCAGUGAGCCCGAGGUGCCUGUGAGCAUGGGCAGCAUGUCCCAGGAGGCCCAUGCCAACCUGUACUCCCGGUACCUCUCCUGUCUGCAGAGUGGCUUCAUGGCCCCAGACAAAGCCAGCCUGAGCGAACCCAGCCAGCUCUAUGGCAAAGGGGAGCUGCCCAUGAAGGAGAAGGAGGUGCUAGGGAAGCUGCUGUCACCCAUCUCCAGCAUGGCCCAUGGUGUCCCGGAGGGGGACAAGCACUCCCUCCUGGGAUGCCUCAACCUCGUGCCACCACUCAAAUCCAGCUGCAUUGAGCGGUUGCAGGCGGCUGCCAAAGCUGCAGAGAUGGACCCGGUGAACAGCUACCAGGCUUGGCAGCUCAUGGCCAGGGGCAUGGCCAUGGAACAUGGCUUCUUAUCUAAAGAGCAUCAGCUACAGCGCAACCACGAAGACACUUUGGCAAACGCUGGAGUUAUGUUUGAUAAGGAGAAGCGGGAGUACGUGUUAGUGGGAGCAGAUGGCUCUAAGCAGAAAAUGCCUGCUGAUUUGGUUCACAGCACUAAAGUGGGCAAUCAGAGAGACCUGCCAAAUAAGCUCGACCCUUUAGAAGGCAGUCGGGAGUUUUUGUCACAUGGGCUGAACCAGACGCUUGAAUAUAACCUGCAGGGUCCCGGAAACAUGAAGGAAAAGCCCACGGAGUGCCCUGACUGCGGCCGGGUGUUCCGCACCUACCACCAGGUGGUCGUGCAUUCCCGUGUCCACAAGCGGGACCGCAAGGGUGACGAGGACGGGCUACACGCGGGUCUGGACGAGCGGCGUGGCUCAGGCAGUGACCAGGAGUCCCAGUCCGUGAGCCGCUCCACCACACCUGGCUCCUCCAACGUCACUGAGGAGAGUGGGGUCGGAGGCGGCCUCUCCCAGACCGGAAGUGCCCAGGAGGACAGUCCACAUCCUUCCUCGCCGUCCUCCUCAGACAUUGGCGAGGAGGCUGGGAGAUCCUCUGGCGUCCAGCAACCGGCGCUGCUUCGCGACAGGAGCCUGGGCUCGGCCAUGAAGGACUGUCCGUACUGUGGGAAAACUUUCCGGACAUCCCAUCACCUUAAGGUCCACCUGAGGAUACACACAGGUGAGAAACCCUACAAGUGUCCUCACUGUGACUACGCCGGCACCCAGUCAGCAUCCUUAAAAUACCACCUAGAACGACACCAUCGUGAGCGACAGAAUGGAGCGGGGCCGCUGUCUGGACAGCCCCCAAACCAAGACCACAAGGAUGAGAUGUCCAGCAAAGCAUCUUUGUUUAUCAGGCCAGACAUCCUGAGGGGGGCAUUUAAGGGUCUCCCCGGAAUCGACUUCAGAGGUGGCCCUGCCUCUCAGCAGUGGACAUCAGGAGUGAUCUCUUCUGGAGAUCAUUCGGGGCAGGCCACCGGCAUGUCAUCAGAGGCUCCUGCAGACGCCCUGAAAGGCACCGACCUUCCUUCCAAAAGCACCCACUUCUCCGAGAUCGGAAGAGCUUAUCAAAGCAUCGUGAGCAACGGCGUGAAUUUCCAGGGGUCCUUGCAAGCAUUCAUGGACAGCUUCGUCCUCAGCUCCUUGAAGAAGAGGGACAUGAAGGACAAAGCCCUGUCAGAUCCCUCUUCCCUGAAAGCCCACGGAGCUGAUGGUGGCGAGGAGAAACCCAGCGGCAGGUCCUCUCAGAGGAAGGCUGAGAAAUCUCAGCACGAGCCUCUGGACUUGUCCGUGAGGCCGGACGCCUCCCUCCCGGGCUCGUCGGUGACGGUGCAGGACAGCAUCGCCUGGCACGGUUGCUUGUUUUGUGCUUUCACCACGUCAUCCAUGGAGCUGAUGGCCCUCCAUCUGCAGGCCAACCACCUAGGAAAAGCGAAACGCAAAGAGAAUGCCGCGGGGGUGGCCAUCAACUGCAAAGAGCAGGCCCGGGAGGUGGGCAAGAUGGCUCUGCUGCCCACAGCACAAUCCAACAAGGAGAUGGGCCUUUCGGGGAUGAUUGGCUCUCUAGACUCUGCUUCUGAGAAGAUGGCCCAAGGACAGGCCAAAGAGACCCUGGGGGACCAGAAGAGUGGCCCGUGGCCCAGCCACGUGGACCCUGCCUUUUGUAACUUCCCAUCAGACUUCUACAAGCAGUUUGGCGUGUACCCGGGCGUGGUGGGCUCGGGGGCCUCCGGUUCCUGCUCCAACAAGGAUCCCGAUGGGAAAGCCCACCCCGAAGAGGACGCCCCAAUCCUGAUCCCCGAAACCACAAAUAAGAAUGCUACCGAUGACCUCUCCGACAUCGCCUCCUCCGAGGACAUGGACUCCUUCAAGGGAGAAAACAACGACGAAGAGGAUAUCGAAACCGAGCCCGAAAUGAUGAGCAAGCCCCUGUCUGCCCUCAGCAAGGACAGCAACAGCGACGGCGGGGACAGCCUGCUGCCCACAGGCACCCCCCAGCCCAUCCAGGGACUAGUCUCACCUUUAGCCCAAGUGUCUGAGAAGCAGUGGCACAGCCCAGGCCUUCUUCCUGCCCAGGACCCCUCAGUGGGUCUGCCAAAGCCGGAGCGGGGGCCCCCGGGCCUGGAAAAGCCAAUGAACAUGCUGUCGGUCCUCAGGGCCUACAGCUCCGAUGGCUUAGCAGCCUUUAACGGACUUGCAAGUAGCACAGCAAAUUCUGGAUGUAUCAAGAGGCCAGACUUGUGUGGUCACAGGCCUUUCCAGUGCCGCUACUGUCCCUACAGUGCCUCUCAGAAGGGGAACUUGAAGACCCACGUCCUCUGCGUCCAUCGCAUGCCUUUUGACAACAGCCAGUAUCCCGAUCGCAGGUUCAAGCGCUCCAGAGUUGACUCGGAGGCUUCAGGGAACUUUGAGGAGCCCACAGGUCUCAAGGCGGGGAGCUCAGCGGAGCUAACAGAGGAGGUCUGCAAGGGCCAAGAGGAGACCAACUGAGCAGACCUGCUGUACACUGCAAUAUUAUUUUACCCAGUUUUAAGAUGAUGCAUCUCAUAAAAGAGUUUGCUAACUGAAUUCCAAGGGGGGAAAAAAAUCAUGUACAACCCCCCCGCCCCACUAGUGUAUAGAACAUUUAAAAAAAAUUUAAAAGAUAUCUAUAUAUAUAUUAAAAAAAAAAAAUCCCCCAGCCCUUGAACAUGGCUGCUAAACUGUUACCCGGCAACAAGUACUUCCAAACAAUGCAGGUAGGAGAAAAGUGAUUUAAAAAAAAAAAAUGCUUGGUGUCCUUCGAGAAAGCUGGGGUCCCUUCCAACUCCUCUUUGUCCAAAAAUAAUGCUCUUAUCCGAAAAGCGAUACCAUCUAAAUGAUUUAACGUUGCCUUGAAGACGGAGGGGCUGUGUUUUCGUUGUUGAAAACACCUCUAUAAUCUGACACCAGCUGCUGCCAUUUGCCUAGCACCCUAAUGAGAUGUGUUGGGAGGCAGCUGCGGUGCCAGUCAGGCUGGAGCGGUCACUGCAGAGAAAAAUCAAUUCACGUGGUGUCGUUCUGCACUCUGGGAGAAACCUUAGACGGCCCGCAGCCAGCGCCAGGGCUGACCAGCACUGCAGAGGAUUGCCAUCUUAAAUGUGCAUUUUUUAAAAAAAUACACAGCCAAAUGAAUCAAUGGUCAGGAAGUGUCUGCAGACAAUUGUCCAUUGCAGGCUUGAUGAGUAAUUCCUUUUUUUAGAUCAAAUUGCAGUAUUGAGAGACAUUUUUUUUUCUUGUUGAUUUCUUUUUUUUUAAAUUUUGGAUGAAGGUUGAUAUUAAAAAAAAUAUUUUUAAGGGUAUAUUAUACCAAAUGCUGUUAGGAAAAUCAGCCAACCCUAUCCAUAAAAAGUGUCGGUGAGAAAUGGCAAUUAUGUCAUAACGGAAAGAUUGUCUCUGAUUAUGAUUUUUAAAAUUUUACUUGAACUUCGAAGGCUGUUCUGGUCCCCCGUUAUCAGAUUUUUCCCCCGUAUGUUAGUUUUUAUAAGUGUCGCAGACAUGAAGCACGAUUUUCUUCUCCAGCAAGCACUUAUGAAAUAGCUUGUAUUAAAAUAUGAAUCUAAACAUCCUGCUCUCUAUCUCUGAUGAAGAAAACUGUUUGAGUUAAAAUGUCUGUUUUUGUAAAACAAAUGUGUUCUAUAUUUUUGUAGAUUUUAGAUUUUUCUACUGAUUGGAUACUCCAAAAUUUUAUCAAGUUCUACACCACACAGAGGGAGAUUUUGAGGGUCAACAAUAAAACACUCAAUUUUUUUUUUUUAAGACAGAUUUAAGAAAACUAGUCCAAGGUUUAUUCUUGAAUCCACACGAACGGUCUAAAAGUUCUGCCUUUACCAUAUACUUCUUUGAGUGACAUGAAAUUGGUGCUGUUGCUUGUGAUGGUAGAGAAGUAUUGAAGUAUUAACUUCUUCUAAAACAGAAUCAUUCAGACUUAAAAAAAAAAUAGUCAAUAUUUCCUUGCAGGCUGGGAGCACACAAUAAAACCCCAGGGCCUUAAAAACUUUAGCUCUGCCUACAGCAGUUUACAAAAAUACUAAACUGCAAUCAAUGUAAAUAUAAUUCUUAGAGCUAUCCUGAGACCAGAAAGAAUCUCAGGCUAAUAAGGAAUCCGGUUUGCAUAUGCUGUCAAAAGGGUGUCAUCUAACCGAGGUUUCAGUGUAAAUGAGGUCGAUGUGCAACUUGGACCCAUCUGGCAUAGAGCAGGCUGCUUUCUUGUUUUUCUAGUCUAGUUUUCACUGCCUUACUUAAAUCGAGUUGAUAAACUUAAUGCAACUGUUUCUAUGAUCCUAGAGAAAGGACUGAAAAUGUUAUUGAAAACUUUCUGACUGUAGUAAGCUUUAGGAUUUUAACUGCACUACUGUGUUUGGUGACUGUGCCAGUCGCUUGCUUUCUGUGUGUUUGCCCCGCCUUUGGUAUCUUAGCAAAGAAAAAUUAAAAAAAAGAAAAAAAGAAGAAAAAAAAAAAAACAAAGAAAAAUGAAAAAAAAAAAAGGGAAAAAAAAGUGAAAAAAAAAAUGAGAGCCACAUUCCAUUUCUAGCACUUUCGGAGCUCUUUUUCAGUAUUCUCUUGUGUCUUCUGGGCAUCGUCAGAUGCGACAGGCAAUAAUUCUGUUUGUGACACCGGGAACAUCCCCUCUUCUUUGUGGCGUGUGUGUUGAUUCCAUUUUGUCCAGUGCUACCGUCCUUAUUUCCCCCCUCUGACACAGGCCUCUUUUCCAGAACAUUUGUAACUUGUAAUACAAACAAGUGACAGCCGCCGUGAUACAGUGUCAGUUUCUGAAUGUCAUCAGGUUCUCAUAUCUAAACAUGUCAAGUUUUUUCCCUGUAACUUCUGUAGUCUGUGAUGCUGGUCAUAAUACUGUCUACAUUCCUACGCAAAGAACAACAACAAAAAAAUCUAUCUUGGAGGAAAUCUGAGAUCAAUAGAGUAGAGGAUUUUGUUGCUAUGCUUGUAACAAGUAGAAGACUUUGUAUUUAAAGUUUAUUCUUGGUCAUUAUUUAUUAUUAUAAUACAUCAGUUGACAGAACUUUAUUCUGGUAUAGAAAGUAUUAAAAGUUGUUUUUUCAGCAAUGACUGUUUUCUUUCUGCUGUUAGAAUAAAAUGUCUUUGAAGCA